AGCCUGUUUUGCGUCGCAUGGUAUGAAAUAUUAGCUUUAAACAUAUCGUGGCAUCGGUCUUCUCUUUGCUCUAUGCAAAUGUCAAAUGUCAAUUGCGACGACAAGCAACACAAUAAUAAUGGAGGCGUGCAAUGCUGUCGAGCGUGAAGUGGAUAAGGUUCUAUCGAAGUUCGGUGCAAUAAAUGAACAUGCCGAAGCGGUGUUACGCGACCUGAUCAAUCACAUUCAAUCCCUGAAAAAAGAUCUAGAAGAAGCACCAUCUAAUCAAGAACUGACAGCUGGCCAAGUGCAAAUGCUAAAGCAAGCAAUGACAAAAGUACGCGACACUGUACAAAGAUUGGCAACAGAUCAUCGUGAUUUGCAUAGUACAGUAUCAAAAGUGGGCAAGGCAAUAGAUAGGAAUUUUAUUGCCGAUUUUGCGAGUACAAGCAGAGAGGAUGUGUUUUCUGGACCUGAGAAGUCUCAUCUUCUAAAUCAAGUAAUCUGUCAACACUUUUACCGUGAAGGGAUGUUAAACAUUGCCGAUGAAUUGGCAACAGAAGCAGGCAUUAAAACCGAAGGCAGAAAGGAAGCAUUUACAGAGUUAAAUUAUAUAUUAGAUUGCUUAAAACAGAAAAACCUGGAACCUGCAUUAGAUUGGGCUAAAAAACAUAGAGAAGCACUUUUAGAACAGAAUUCUUCUCUCGAGUUUAAACUGCACAGACUACAUUUCAUAAGAUUAGUUCAACAAGGCCCUAGCAAGCAGAGAGAGGCGAUACUUUACGCCCGUCAAAAUCUCACGCAAUUUGUCGGACGUUAUGAGAAAGAAGUACAGUCCUUAAUGGGAACGUUACUUUAUUUGCCACAUGGAAUCCAAUCGUCUCCCUACAGUCACUUAUUAGAUCCGACCUUGUGGCUCGAAAUACACGAUGUUUUCACUAAAGAAGCGUGCACGUUAUUAGGCUUAAGUGUUGAGAGCCCGCUCUCUGUCUGUAUCAACGCAGGAUCCACUGCAUUACCUGCACUAUUAAACAUCAAACAAGUCAUGCAACAGAGACAAGUAACUGGCAUUUGGAGUGGUAAAGAUGAAUUGCCUAUUGAAAUAGACUUGGGAAAGCAAAGUCGUUAUCAUUCAGUCUUUGCCUGUCCCAUUCUUAGGCAACAGAGUACAGAGAAUAAUCCUCCGAUGAAACUGGUUUGCGGCCACGUUAUCUCUCGAGACGCGUUAAACAAACUCGCUAAUACAAAUAAAAAUCAAUUUAUUUCUAGGUUGAAAUGCCCGUACUGCCCGGCGGAGCAAAAUCCCGAAGAUGCGAGACUCAUUUACUUUUGAAUUCUGUGAUAUAUAUUAUAUAUGGUAAUGUAUAAAUAUAUAUAUGUGUGUGUAUAGGAGUUAUAUAUACACAUGUAAGAAAGCUAGUUUUGCAGUUUCUUUGUAAUUGAUUAUAUCAAAUGCAAAAGAAUUUAUAACAGAGUAUACAUGCAAUAACUAAAGAAUUGUAAAAUCCCAUAUUCUACAUGAUUGAUCAUCAAAGAAUUUCAUUGCUCCAAAUUUUAUUUUUGUUAUUGAUACCAAGAUUAAUUCUACUUGUUCCACAAAAUGCAAGUGUAAGUUUGUUAAUUGCAUCAGUCCUUGCAAUCUUUAAAAAAAAUUAGUUCUCAAAUAUUGAAAGAAAAAAAAAAACACGGAGGAACUGUGAUAGUUUUAAUAUUUGUGAAGUAAUUGUAUAAUUAUGCAAUUAUAUAUUGUUGGUAGACUAUAUAUAUAUUAUAUACAUGUAUGUACUAUUCUAAGUUUAUAUAAAUGACUUCAGCUUUGUAUGCGAGUGAUAACUUAAAAGCCAUGUAUGUGUGUAAGAUGCCUAACGAGUUUGUUAUUAGGUCUCCAUAAACUUACCCAUUUCUCAUUUCAAUUGUAUGUAUACUGGCUUGGUUUAAAUGAAGUUAAAUGAAGAUCA